GUUUUUUAUUUUUAGGCGGCCAAACAGAGUAAACGCCGGUAAAAUGACCCAACCACCAUGAGUGAAUUUCCCGGCCAUCGCUCACCACCGCACCCGCCGGACAAUAUCCUUUGUCAGGGCCCCUGCGCACAUUAGCUGUCUGUACCAUCAUUAUUCGAUCGCUCCAGUCCAAACGAAAAGCCCCAUGCAUUUACUGCACCUCUUCCACUGCCUAUCUUACGCCACCUCAUCUACUCUGCGCCUCCCUCCCUGACGCUCCACUCCGCUUUCUUUCACUGAUGCGUCCAUUGAAUUUAAUUUAGAGAUCUCUGCGGCGUCUGCUCUGCUUCACUUUAAUCUCAUCAUUUCUCGUCCUGUCUUUGAAUUCACACACUGUAUCUAUAUACCUUUACCUGUCUGCUAUACUCUACUGUUCGUAGUCAAUACACACUGCUUUUCACUUAAUUGCGCUUUCUUAGAUGCUUUGCGCAAAAUAAAUACAUUGUUGCUGUCACGAUUCCAGCCUCGAUCUUAUGUCACAUCAAGACAGUUUGGGAAGUAUCGCCAUCUUAAUUGAUCUCCAAUCGGGCUUCGCCGGCAGAAAUCAAAUCGGAGGCGUCGAGUUUUUGUCCCGCGAGCGAGAUCGGUGAUAUUGGGGGAGCGUAGUAACACUGAAAUGCGUUGAUUCGCCGGGUUUCGUUACCUGUUUCUGUCUUUCGCUUGUCCUUGCGGAGUUGUGGAUUCAGAAUUCAGAUAGAAGUUUGGUUUCUGGCUGUGUAGAUGAAUCCACUGUGCUGCAUUGCUCCCGUGUCGAUUGAGGAGGAUCGGGGGAAUCCGACGGGGGUGAGGCCUCCACACUCGCAAUCCAAUAGUUCAAAAGGGUUUGAGAAUGCGGCAUCUGUGAGACCUGUUGGUUUAGCUUCGAAACAGAGCUUUUCCAGUGCACAAUGUCUUUCUUUGAGUGCUAGCCAAACGGAAACGACGGUUUGCCAUGACUCGGAAGACAAUGUGGCGGUUGAAGCAAAGGUGUACACCAAUGGGAAUGAAGGAGUGUGUUUGGCAGGGGUGUUGUACAAGUGGGUGAAUUACGGGAAGGGUUGGAGAGCAAGGUGGUUUGUGUUAGAAGAUGGAGUUUUGUCAUACUACAAGGUUCACGGACCUAAUAAGAUCGUCAUUAGUCUGGCCAGAGAAAAAGGUCUCAAGGUGAUUGGGGAUGAAUCUUGGAGAUAUAUGAGGAAACCCAAUGGUAGUAAUCAUAAGCUUUCUGGAUCUUCAAAGCAGGGAAAACCAUUUGGGGAAAUUCAUUUGAAGGUUUCAUCAGUUCAGGCUAGCAAAUCAGAUGACAAAAGGCUAUCUAUAUUCACAGGGAUGAAGACACUCCAUUUGCGCUGUCUAUCAAGAGAGGACAGAACAACUUGGAUUGAAGCUCUUUUGGUUGCUAAAGAUCAAUUUCCAAGGGUUUUGACAAGUGGAGAUUUUGCGCCUUCUGAAGAUUUCGUUGUUUCAACUGAGAAGCUACGUGCUAGGAUGGUGCAAGAAGGAAUUGCUGAGACUGUGAUAAAAGAUUGUGAGGAUAUAGUGGAAAGUGAGCUUGGUGAGCUGCAACACAAGUUAAAGGGCCUUCAACUUAAACACAUGAUGUUGCUAGAAACAUUGAGACAGUUAGAGGCAGAAAAAAUCGAGUUGGAAACAACCGUUGUUGACGAAACAAAAGGGCGAGACUCAUGUUCAGGACAAGCGAACAGAAGAUUUAGUGAUUUCUAUUCCAUCAUGUCAGAGGGCAGUGCGACUGACUCAGAUGCUGACAAUGAAAGCCGUUAUGGUGUAGAUCUUGAAACAGACGAAGAGGAGAUCACAUUUUUUGACACAAAUGAUUUUCUUUCUUCUGAAGCUUUGAGAAGUGCUUCUUGUCGCAGUAGGGAUGCCCGUCUGUCUUUGACAAAUGAAGACGAGUCUUUCAGUUCUGGUCGAAUUAGAGAAGUUGGAAUGGAAAUAAAGACCAUCAAAUAUCCUUAUGUCAAGAGAAGGUAUAGUCUUCCAGAACCGAAGGAAAAAGAGAAGCCAAUUGGCUUAUGGGCCAUCAUCAAGGAUAAUAUAGGGAAAGACUUGUCUGGUGUGUGUCUCCCGGUCUACUUCAAUGAACCACUUUCCUCAUUGCAGAAAUGCUUUGAAGAUUUAGAAUACUCACACUUGGUUGACCAGGCAUUUGAGUGGGGAAAGCAGGGCAACGAUUUGAUGAGAAUUCUAAAUGUUGCUGCUUUUGCUGUUUCUGGGUAUGCAUCUACUGAAGGGCGACAAUGCAAACCCUUCAAUCCUCUACUCGGGGAAACCUAUGAGGCCGAGUAUCCAGAUAAAGGUCUGAAGUUCUUUUCUGAAAAGGUGAGUCAUCAUCCUAUGGUUGUUGCUUGUCAUUGUGAGGGAAGAGGGUGGAAAUGCUGGGCAGAUACUAAUCUCAAAGGCAAGUUUUGGGGCCGUUCAAUUCAGCUUGAUCCAGUAGGGCUUCUGACCUUACAAUUUGAAGGCGGUGAGACAUUUAGAUGGAGCAAGGUCACCACUUCAAUUUAUAAUAUUAUAAUUGGUAAAAUCUAUUGUGACCAUUAUGGCACUAUGCGCAUCCAAGGCAGUGGUAAAUAUUCCUGCAUGCUCAAGUUCAAGGAGCAGUCUAUUAUUGACCGAAAUCGUCACCAGGUACAUGGAUUUGUGCAAGACAAUAAAACCGGGGAGAAGGUCGCAAUGUUAUUGGGGAAAUGGGACGAAGCAAUGUAUUAUGUAUUGGGGGAUCCAACUACAAAACCUAAGGGGUAUGAUCCAAUGGCCGAUGCAAUAUUGUUAUGGGAAAGGGACAAGACUCUAACAAAGACCAGAUACAAUCUCACACCUUUUGCAAUUUCAUUAAAUGAGUUGACACCUGGUUUGCGGGAAAGACUUCCACCAACUGAUUCAAGGCUUAGACCAGAUCAGCGACACUUGGAAAACGGGGAAUAUGAGCUGUCCAAUUCAGAGAAGCUCAGACUUGAACAUUUACAGCGACAGGCUAGGAAAUUACAAGAAAGGGGGUGGCAACCACGAUGGUUCCGCAAAGACGAUGAUGGACAUUACCAGUAUGUUGGUGGAUAUUGGGAAGCGAGAGAGAAACAUAACUGGGAAGGAAUCCCCGAUAUAUUUGGGCAAACGGUUGAUCCACCUCAUCCAGGUACAGAAGAAUGUAAUGCUUGUUAAGCUAGGCCAACCACCUAUCUUUCAAAAUCAGAUGCAUCUCAUCCAACAUUUAUUUAUUAGGAGUCAAAAUCAAUAGCCUUCUCGGCUACCAUUAAUCCUUUACCUUUGGGUACAAAAUGAUCUGCUCGAGGUAAAUUAAUGAAAUGGGUUAAAGUGUGUAUGUAUCGGCGUUUAAAGUGAAGUGAAAUAUUGGGGUAAGAGUGAAAAUAUUAUUUGCUUUGUUGGGGAGUUAGAAAGGAUUUGCGAUGUCUAUCUCAGAUGACCUGCCUAUAAGAUGGGUCUAAACACAAUGGAACAGCAAAAGGCUCCCUCAACAAGAUUUUGCUUUUGCUAUUAUUUCUAUUUACUUCAAACAUUGCAUUGAUUACAUUUAUUUCCAUUUUCUCCUAUACACACUCAAUUGAAUUUGAUGUAAAUUUCUACCUUUCUUAAACACUCAAUCUAUUUAAUGGGAAAAUAUAAAUAUGAGGUCCAGUAGUCUUUCUUAAUA